UUUUAAUUUUAAUUUAAUGUGUUCUAUUUUAAAUGUAAAGUUUUGUUUAAAUGUGUAAAAUACGGAUUCUGUUUUUAAAAUCGAUGUAUAUCGUUUUAGUUUAUUUUAAUGAAAUGAUUUAAAUGAUAACUUGUUUGAUGGCAUUUAAUAUUUUAAAUAUGACUGUAAUCUAUAUAAUAAAUUUUUGAAUAAACAUUCGGAAUACAAGAUGGAUUCCGAGCAGUCUUCGAUUCCAUAUUCGGAUUUACCAAUUGUAGAUUCCCUACCAAUUAGUAAAAAGGGUAGCCUUCAAAAUGGACUAUCUCCAACUACACUUGAAUCUUAUAGAUCAAUACAAAGUUUGGAUAUUUCAGAUGAACCAGUUGACACAUCUAUAAAGGACAAACACUUUGAUGAUUCCAGUGGUUCAUCAUCUAAAGCGGAUAAUUUCCCAAAAUCUAUCCGUCUAACAGAUUUUAAAGCGAUAAAUGCAUUUAAAAACUUUUUAUCAAAUCCUUUGGGAUCACAAACGUUAAAUAGUACAGGUAGUCAACCUAAUGGACUUGAUGGUAAUAGUAAUUACGAAACUGUCCAGGAUGAAAAUGAAUGUAACGAACAUGAAAUGGCUAGUGAGGAAGAUGUAUACAAUUCAUCGGAGGAAUUCGUGUCAAAUUUGACAUCUUCCUCAUCAAGUGAUAUUGACGAGAGUCAAUAUUUGGCAGGCGAGUCAUUCGUUGAAUUGUCAUCGCCGUUGAAGCUGAAGGACCUGAUGAUUUAUAAAACAAUCCAGUUUAUGGACUACAGGCGUUUUUCCAGAAGAUUUAACGGGAUUAGAAAGCCAAUUUCCUAUAAAAAGGCUAUGGCAAUCUUCUUUUUCUGCUCAGUUCUGGCACUGACGCCGUUUGUGGUGUUCAGAAAAUAUCACGAGUACUAUACAAUCAGCAUUCAAAUUAAACGUGGAGUGGUGACGUACAUUUCAUCGCUGGUAUUUGUUAUUGCAGCACUUGUGCUUGCCAAGGUGCAGGUGAGUCUGCCGCUCCGCUUCCCAGUGAUUGUCUCGUACCUGUUCAUGUUUAUUACCAUGGUCGUCCUGAUUGUUUUCAGGAAUAUCGCCCACCUCGAUAUGUUCAUCUGGACCAUUCUCAUCUUCUAUGCCUCAGGGCAGAUUUUCCUAAUCGCAAUGACAAAGAUGUUUAUACAGUGGGUCCCUAUCUUGGCACUCCACGGCCGCUUUUUAUCAUGCACUGAGCAUUUUCACCUGAUCAAGAGAUCACAGCACUCAAAUAAACUUAAUAUCACAAUGAGCAGAUAUAACGAUUAUACAUCAAUUUGGGAGACUGGAUCCUGUGGGUUUUUUACGUGCUUAUACAGGUCAUUUUACCGCUUCUUUCUCUCAAUACACAGGAAAAUCAGGGGUCGCAAAACCCAAAAAGAUGCGCCACUGUUUGGACACCAGAUGAGAUAUAAUGGUAAAUUCGACUCAAAUAACUUACCACACGGAUACGGAGAGUGGCUCGAAGACCACAUAUACGGAGAACGUCUUCAAGGUUACUGGUGGCAUGGGUACCCAGUAGGGCCAUUUAUCUCACAGGAAAUAGGAUCCGGCUCCAUAUUUGUAAACAACAGAGUGGCAUUUGUAACUGACACCCACCUGGAAGGACCCAAUAUCCGAUAUGGAGUUUCAUCGACGGAGUGCUCAAUUUCAGGAUAUUUCUUCAAACAAAUGCCAAAAACAUAUUUCUUCAACCCAGAUUAUCGAGAAGUGGAGAAGACUAAGAAGGAAUCAUGUGAGUUGUUCAACUUGUUGAGAGGAAGUUUUGAUGGGAUUAGGAGCUCAACACCUCAAUGGUGUUUUGGCAUGUUGAAGAGACAGUUCCAUAUCAACAGGCCAAACAAUCAAGGAUAUAUGAAUAUUUACGUUGACAAGAUAACAAACUCGCUUAAAAUUGAUGGAUACAGAGUAAGGAAGACAGACCCUCCAGCAGAGAACCCGGAUGAAAUUAAUAUCAAGCUGGUGAUGGUUAAGGGCAAGCGUAAGGAUUAUGGACCCCCAGAUGAUGUCCAGACCCCAGUUGAGCUUAAGCUCUUUAAGCCGAGCACCUCAGUGUUAUUUAACAAAUUGAGACUUAAAAAUAAUGAUAAUGAUAUUUCUAAGCACAGGCGUGGUUUGAAACCACAGCUGAAGAGCCAAAUCUCGAUGUUGAUUAGAGAUGAGGACGAGUGGGAGAAUAAGCAACAGAUGUGUAGGCAUAAGAUUGUAGCUGAUGGUUGGAAAAGAAUAAGACCCUCAACAAAUCCAGAUUUAAUACCAGAACAUGUAGUACUGUACAUCCAUGGAUAUAAUUUAACUCUCUACGAGGCGUGUUCCCAGAUGGCGCACAUUGUUUCAUUUUCGAAGUUGCCUCCUUAUGUUUUACCCUUUGUUUUCAACUGGCAAGGCCAUCACUGGGGAGCGUUUUCAGCUUUUGCGUACCCUAAGGCUAUUAAGGUCUGCAAUAACCCGAACAUUGUUGAGGCGUUCAUCGAGGUCAUUGAGGACCUCAUCAACUUGGGAAUUAAGCAUAUCCACUUUCUGGUCCACUCAUGCGGGACAAGGGUUUUCCUAAACGUCAUUAUAGCAGCCAUUAAAAAAGGGUAUAUUGUCCCAGUAUUGAGCAACGAGUACUUGGUAAUAAAUGAAGAGGUUAGGAAGGAACGGCUACGUAUGGAUAGCAUAAUUUUAAUUAACCCAGACUACCCGAUGGAGAAGUUUAGGAGUUAUGACUACUUUGUAAUUCGAGGGUACUGUGACCACAUUGUGAUGUACGUCAAUAACAUGGACCAGUGCCUAUAUGUGUCAGAGUUCUAUAACAGGGAGCGGUCGCUGGGAAGGUCGAUCUUUGAAAUGUGCACCAGCCCCAAAGUAAUGUCUGAGAUGCUCAAGAAGGAGUUUGUCGAGGAACCAUUCACAAUCUAUGAUGGGUACUACAAGAGCGCUAAGAAACCGGAUGAUAAGAAUCACAGGGUGGUUGUGCUUGACCAAAUUUCCGAGGUCUCAACACCAUCAGACGGGAAUACACCAGAUACCAAAGAUAAGCUUUGUAAAUUUGAUUCUGAAGGGUUAGAACCGACACGUGACAAGAAAAAGAGCAAGUUUAGUGCUCGAUACUCGCUUGGCAAGUACACAAGAACUAAGAAUAUAUUCUGGACAUCAAAGAUCAGCAGUACGAUUGACGAUGAAGGGAUGGAUCUAUGGCUGGAUUUGGAUGUUGUUGACACAUCCAUGAUUGACACCAACGUCGACUUCUUCAAGCACUCGUUCUACCAAGUUAAGCGGGAGAUCAUGGACGACAUCAGGGAGGUCAUAAUCAUGCACACCCGAGCCUUCCAGAGGCAAAGCAGACUUGAUAGGAGGAGAGGGAAUGUAUAUGUGUUUAGAGUAGCUCCAAGAGACGUUCGCAAACUCUUUUAACCAUUUUCAAAUGAAGAUGUACAAUAUUAAUGACGCAAUUAAUUGUUUAAUGUAUAAUAAAAUUUUAA